AAAAAAGAAGUUGUUCCUGUGAAUUAUUCUAACCUGUUGAUAUUCCUGUUGUUGGGAAGAUUCUUACUUUCUUGGUGUCUCGAAAAUGAUUCAGAAUUCGAUGACGAGGCUGCUCAUCGAAAAAUCAAUAAUCAAAUGGCUCAGCACUUGCAGACGAGAUUGAAAGCAUCGCUUGAGGAAGCCUAUAAAGAAGGUGAAAUGCAAGGAUCUGAUGACGAGACAGUACCAUAUCGUCUCUGCAGAUGUCUACAACAAUAUAUUCUUCAGGCUCGUGUUGUUACUAUUCCGAAUGGAACGCAUGGGCUUACAGUGACUCAUCCAGAAAUUUUAUCCACGCAUUUAUACGAGUUUUUGUUCAAGAUAAAAGUUUUGCUUUUAAUAGACUGA